CUAUGUUAUGUGACUUCAAGUUGGCAAGUGUAAGGCAUUUAAUGAAAAAACUUAUUCAAAUUACCUAGAUUUAAAAUGUUCAUUUUUUUUAGACUUCAGGUUAUCAAGAGUAAGGCAUUUAAUGAAAAAAUAAUAAUUCAAAUUAUAUAGCUUUCAAAUGUUCAUUUCUAAUAUUGUUUCUAAAUGUAUCAGUCACAAAUAGUCUGAGUUUAAAAGUUAGUAAACAGUUGCAGGAAGCCAAAGGAAAGAGAUCUUCUCUCCAAAAUGCAGGCAGCCUCUCAACCACUGCGCCACCAGGGAAACCCUGAAUUUAUCAAUUUUUAACCCUUAAGGAUGCUUCAAUUUCUUUUGAUAGCAUUUAAAUUUCUUUAGAUUUUAAUAUGCACAUGCACACAGGAGCAAUUUUAUAUUGUGUGCCUAAAUGACAUCAUAAAUACCAUAAAGACCAUGAAAAUAGUUUUUUUAAAUGUUUUAUAGUAGAAAAAAUAUAUAACAUAAAAUUUAUCAUUUUAACUAUAUUUAAGUAUUUACAGUUCAGUGGCGUUAAGUUUAUAUUGUUGUGCAACUAUCAUCACCAUCCAACUACAGAAAUUUUUCAUCUUCCCAAACUGAAACUCUGUACCCAUUAAACAAUAUUCCCCAUUCCUUCCCUCCCCAGACAACCUUUAAUUCGUGUAAGUGGAAUCACACAAUAUUUGUCCUUUUAUGCCUAGCUUAUUUCACUUAGCAUAAAGUCAUCAAAUUUCAUCCAUGCUUUAACAUGUGUCAGAAUUUCAUCCCUUUCUAAGGCUGAAUAAUAUUCCACUUUUUGUCUAUACCACAUUUUGUUCAUUCAUUCUUCCAGCAGUGGAGAGUUGGGUUGUUUCUACCUAUGACUAUCCUGAAUAAUGUUUCUAUGAACAUGGGUGUACAAAAAUAGUCUUUCAAACAACACUGUUAAUCUGUACAGAUACUGUCACUGAAAUUGUUUGGGAACAUUGAUACCAAUUGCUGACACCUAAAUUAUGAAUCAGCUUUAGCUAAUCCAUAUAGAGAAGUUUUUUGCACUGAAUAUUCCUCUCAAGACCUCAAAAGCCAUCUUUGUGCAUCUAAUCUGAUGUUUUCUCUUGAAAAUAUGCUGGGAAAAUGUUAAAUAACUAGCUUAAAAGUUAAGAGCUCCUGGAGAUUGAUACGCCCAGAGAAAUGGGCAUACACCAAAAUCCACGUGACUUGUGAAGGCAUUAUGGAAGAUGUUCCUCGUCCUUCUGGGCCAGAGAGAGCUCAAGAGUUGAAUUGGGCAUAUUAUAAAUUAGUACCUCAUUUCUCCACAAUUUUUUCUCAACAGCAGAGUCAGGAAUGGCUAAAGAAAAUCAUACUGUAAAACAUGAGUUUAUCCUCACAGGAUUUACAGACUACCCAGAGCUGAAGACCCUUCUGUUUGUGGUGUUCUUUGCCAUGUAUCUGAUCACCAUGGUGGGGAUUCUUGGCCUGGUGAUACUGAUUUCAAAAGAGCAUCAUCUUUGCACACCAAUGUACAUCUUUCUGGGCAACCCCACUCUCGUGGAUUCUUGCUGUGCCUGUGCCAUUACUCCUAAGAUGUUAAGGAACUUCUUUUCUGAAAACAGAACGGUUUCCCUCUAUGAAUGCAUGGCACAGUUUUAUUUUCUUUGCACUGUUGAAACUGCAGACUGCUUUCUUCUGGUGGUAAUGGCCUAUGAUCACUAUGUGGCCAUAUGCAGCCCUCUGCAGUACCAUACCAGGAUGUCAAAGGAACUCUGCAUUCAGAUGACCACAGGGGCCUACAUAGCUGGAAACCUGCAUUCUAUGACUCAUAUAGGGCUUCUAUUUAGGUUAGUUUUCUGUGGAUCAAAUCACAUCAAACACUUUUAUUGUGAUAUUCUUCCUUUAUAUAGGCUCUCCUGUGUUGACCCUUAUGUCAAUGAACUGGUACUGUUUAUCUUUUCAGGCUCAAUUCAAGUCUUCACAAUAGGUAGUGUCUUAAUAUCUUAUCUCUACAUUCUCUUUACUAUUUUCAAAAUGAAAUCCAAAGAGGGAAGGGUCAAAGCCUUUUCUAGCUGUGCAUCCCACUUUUUGUCAGUUUCAUUAUUUUAUGGAUCUCUUUUCAUGUACAUUAGUCCAAAUUUGCUUGAAGAAUGGGAUAAAGAUAUACCAGCUGCUAUUGUGUUUACAGAAGUAGUUCCUUUACUAAACCCUUUUAUUUGUAGCCUAAGAAAUAAGGAAGUAAUAACUGUUUUGAGGAAAAUUCUGAAGAAAAAAAUUUGA